AUGGCAUUCGGGAAGAUGUUUGAAGGGGCCAUUAUGUUACAUAGUGUACCUCUUUCUGCUCAUUUGGUUAAGGCCAUGGUUGACAGAGUUCUUGAUGGUAGUGUUAUUGUGUUCAUGCCAAUAGAUGAGGUUACUAAUAUAACAAAGACACUUCAAACUUUCAUUGUCUGGCCUAGACAUCUAGUUAGUCCCAUAUCUGGAAACACGACAUCUCUUUGGGUUGCAAGAAUUCUAGGAAAAGAGGAAAGUCUUUAUAAUCACAAGUCAUGGGGCAUGGAGGAUUUUAAACCAUGGGGGAUCAAAACUCCUACAAAACAAGAAAUCAUCAAUAAGAAUGAACUUGAUAAUGGCUUACGAAAGGAUGAUUGGGCAACGAGGUUUAUUGGCUCAAUGCCUUCUAUUAAGUAUAAGAAGUAUGAGGUCAUCCAUGUUGGGGUUUGCGCUGCAGUGUAA